ACUCUCAAAUGCAAGAAUUUAAUCCAUUCAUAUCCUUAAUUUGAAACAAAUUAUUAGAAACGAAAAAAAGCAGCAGUAAUAUGCAGCACCCUGAAGUCCCCGGCGAGCCAACUCCGGCUAGUGUGACUAUACUUGAGACUGCUACAGGUGCAGUUCAAUCGUUCGGCCCCGUCAAGAAAAUUCACCAGCACCUCUGCGCGUUCCAUUUUUAUGGAGACGACAUGACCCGCCAAGUCGAAUCACAUCACUAUUGUGGCCAUCAGAAUGAGGAAAUGCGACAAUGUCUAAUAUACGAUAGUCCUGAACCGGACGCUAAGCUUAUCGGGUUGGAAUAUAUCAUCUCGGAGGCUCUGUUUAUGACACUGCCAGAUGCUGAGAAGCCGCUUUGGCAUUCACACGAGUAUGAAGUGAAAGGUGGGAUUUUGUUCAUGCCCGGAGUUCCCGGGACUAUACAAAGACAAGAUCUCGAGAAAGUUGCAAAGACGUAUGGAAAAACGUUUCACUUCUGGCAGGUUGAUAAGGGUGACAAUCUUCCUCUUGGUAUCCCUCAGGUGAUGAUGUCGAUAACUCGAGAUGGCCAGCUUGAUGAGAACCUUAGUCGAGAAGUGGAGAAGCGUUAUGGAGUAUCUUUUGGAAAAGAAAGGGAGCAUCGAGCCUACAUGAGCGGUCCUGAUCUCGGAAUACAUCCGCUGGCAAAUGGUUCAGGAAAAGGGGUACGGACAGUUUUAAGAGAGGUCGAUUGUAAGCCCGUGGACUCCGUUCCUCGAGUUUUCGUGUGAGACUUGGUACAUACAACAAAUAUGAUUUCCUCCUAUAUGUACAAAGGAUAUAAAUAAGUACAGUUACAGUAUGUUUUAUGUGGUCUGAAUAUGUGGUAUCUACAGCUUUUGUUAGUAUACAGUGUUGUCGUGUCGAUGUAUCCGUCGAAAACUACUUGUAAUGUUGGAAUAUUACUACUUGUAAUGUUGGAAUAUUACUACUUGUAAUGUUGGAAUAUUACUAUAUUCGUGUUGUGAAAGGUUUAAAAAUGCAGUGUUAGUUGUACAAGUGACGGGCGGACCUAGAAAGAAAAAGUGAUUAAU